AUGCUCAUUUUCAAAUUCUGGCACGUUCUCACCGCCGCCUCAGCCGUGUUUGCGGCUUCCUGGAUCGAGUCAAACACCGUGUGGUACGAUACCGAUGGCCAGAAGAUUCAAGCCCACGGCGGAGGUAUCGUACAGCGCGGUGAUAACUUCUACUGGGUUGGCCACAGCUCGAAUAAUAACCCAACGGUAAUGAUGUACUCGUCUACAGACCUGCUCAACUGGAAGAAUCUAGGGACGCAAGCAUCUUCCGUGACAGGCAUAUGGCGGCCCAAGAUUGCCAAGCCAAAUGGAUCUUUUUGGCUAUACGGCCAGCAGGACCGAUAUGUCCUUUCUCUCAAGUCUGCAAACAUGGUGGGAGGCUACCAACCGUCGGCCAAGGUUCAUCUACCCCCAAGUGGUUACACCUACUCCGACACUGGGAUGUUCUACGAUGAAGACACCCAGACGUGGUUCCUCCUCACCAGCGCGGACCACAACACCGUGCAGAUCAAUCGUAUCAACAGCGACGGCACUGUGGGAGAUCGCGUGUCUACUCUAACCGGCGGUGCCUACGAAGCUCCGGGAAUUUUCAAGGCAGACGGGAUUUACUUCCUCAUCGUAUCAGGCAAGACCGGAUAUCGCGCAAACCCCAACAAGGUCUUCUGGGCCGCCUCGAUCUCUGGGCCCUGGAAAGGGGGCACAGACAUAGCACCACCGGACCAGAAAACGUACGGCUCACAAAACACAUUCGAGUUGACGAUCAAGGGCUCCAAGCAGACCGCUCAUAUCUACAUGGGCGAUGCCUGGGACUCGAAGGGCUCGACGGCGUCAAACUAUGUCUGGUUACCGAUGGCGGUCGAUAGCAACCGAAAGACAGUGACAUUGCAGCACUAUGCCAAGUGGAAGAUUGAUGUGAAGACUGGCGAAGUCACCACUGGCUGA